GGGGUGGGGGAUGCAGGAGAGGGUUGAGUGGGUGCAGAUGGAGAUGUGGGGCUGGGACCCUUGCCCUGCCUGACCGGUGUCCCUGCUCCACCCGCAGCCCCCCCACCAUGGCCAGCAGCAGCCCCCAGUGCCAGCCCACCAUCAGCUUCCCCCGCAGGCGCAGCGCCCGCUGCCUCGCCAAGAGCACCGAGCCCACCGCCCUGCGGCUCUCCCCCUACCCCAGGGCCACGGACCCCGGCCGGGCGGCGCUGGCCACAUGCUCACCCUGGACCAAAACGCCGCCCCUGAGCCCCCUGAAGCGCCUGGGUGACGACAACCUCUGCAAUGUCCCCCACGCGCUGCCCUGCUCCCCGGCCAAGCGCAGUAAGGAGAACCAGGGGCGCCGCUUGCUCUUCAAGACCCCCCCAGCCUCCCCCCAGAAGCCCAGCAGCCCAGGGGCAUCCCCGCAGAAGGGGGGGCAGGAGACCCCCCAGAGGUGCCGGCAGCCUGCCCGCACCCGGCUCUUCAGGCAGGGAGGCACCUGCUACCUGCAGGCGAAGCGGGUGCUGCACACAGCCAUGCCCGACCGCCUCCAUGCCAGGGAGAGGGAGAUGGGCAUCAUCCGGCAAUUCCUGCGGGAUCACAUCCGUGGGUGCCAGCCCGGCAGCCUCUACAUCUCUGGAGCCCCUGGGACAGGGAAAACAGCCUGUCUGAACCGCGUCCUGCUCGACUGCAAGGAUGAGCUCGCCAGGAGCAAAACCGUCGUCCUGAACUGCAUGUCGCUGAGCAGCCCGCAGGCCGUCUUCCCCGCCGUGGCGCAGCAGCUGGGCCUGCCCGUGGCCACCGGCCGCGAGGGGCGGCGGAGGCUGGAGAAGCAGCUGACGGCCGCGGGGCCCAUGGUCCUGCUGGUGCUGGACGAGCUGGACCAGCUGGAGAACAGGGGGCAGGAUGUGCUCUACACCCUCUUCGAAUGGCCCCAGCUGCCCGGCUCCCGGCUUGUCCUCAUGGGGCUGGCCAACGCUCUGGACCUGACGGACCGCAGCCUGGCGCGGCUGGGGGCCUGGGUGGCUGGUGGCCCCCAGCUGCUGCACUUCCCGCCCUACACCCGGGAGCAGCUCGUCGUCAUCUUGCAGGAGCGGCUGGGGCAGGUGGCUGGUGACCCCGUCCUGGAUGCCGCCGCCAUCCAGUUCUGCGCCCGCAAGGUCUCUGCAGUCACUGGGGACGCUCGCAAGGCCCUGGAUAUUUGCAGGUCAGGCUGUCUCUCCCCAGGCGCGGCCGUGGAGGUGGUGGAGCUGGAGGUGCAGAGCCAGACCCUGCUCAAGCCGCUGCCCGGCAGUGACUCCCCCGUGUCCCCUGUCCCCAAGCGCGUGGGGCUCCCACACAUCUCCCGUGUCAUCUCGGAGGUGUUUGAGGACCGGCUGGUGGCGGGCGGCCGUGGGGCCCGGGAUGCCUUCCCGCUGCAGCAGAAGGUGCUGCUCUGCUCCCUGCUGCUGCUCUCCGGCGCCUGCGUGCCCAGGAGGGUGACACUGGGGAAGCUCCACGAUGCCUACAGCAAGGUCUGCCAGCAGCAGCAGCUCCCUGCUGUCGACCAGGCUGAGUGUCUGUCCCUUGUCACCCUCCUGGAGUCACGCGGUGUCCUUGAGCUGAAGAGGGCCAAGGAGGCCCGGCUGGCCAAGGUCUCCCUGAAGAUGGAGGCGGCGGCGGUGGAGCACGUGCUGCAGGACGCGGUGCUGGUGGGCAGCAUCAUGGCCCAGGGGCUGUGCUAGCCCCCGGCAGCCCCCUCCCCACGGCCCCUCGGGGCGGGCUGGGCGGGCGCUGCCCUGGGUGGGAUUUUGGCGUGUGCGUGGUUGGGCUGGGCUGUGCCGGGAGCAGGAAAAUGGCUCCAAGAGGCCUCGGCCCUUGUUUGUUGACUCCUGCCCUGGGGCUCUCAGUCUGGGGCAGUUUUAUUAUUAUUAUUAUUACUUUAUCAUUAUUAU